UGUGUCAUUAAAGAAGGUCUGAGAAGACAAACAGGGUGAUAUUGAAAGAACCAAAGUAGAAUAUGGAUGCUUAUAUGGACGCAUUAUAUGAUAUCCGAAUUGCAAGUGCAAUUGUUGCAGUAUUGGUAUCGAUUUUGCUGUAUUGGUACUCCACUAGGAACCAUGAUUAUUGGAAGAAAAGGGGAAUCCCCUAUGUUAAACCUUAUCCAUUACUUGGAUCUCAUCCCGCAUUAGUGAGGAAAAAGAAUUUGGAAGACGUAGAAUUGGAGCGGUAUCAAAAAUAUGGUGAUUUAUAUGGUUAUUAUGAGGCAAGUAAGCCAGUUCUUAUGGUUUCAAGACCGGAACUUUUGAGAGACAUUUUAGUGAAAGAUUUCCAGUAUUUCACAUCACGACGAGUAUUUGAUUCAGGAGAUCCAAUUCUGGACAAGAUGUUAUCCGUGUUAACUGGAGAAGACUGGAAGAGAGUUCGAACCAUUGUAUCACCCACUUUCUCGACCGGUAAAAUCAAAAGAGUGAUGAGUAUAUUUCAAGAUUGUGCUAGAACACUUCUUCAGAACUUUAAAAUGGAAUCUGCAAAAGGAAAACCUGUUGAUGUAUUAAAAUAUUUCGGAGCUUUUACCAUGGACGUAAUUGCAAGUUCUGCAUUUUCGACAAAAAUAGAUUCUCACAAUGAUCCAGAAAAUCGAUUUGUUAAAAAUGCCCAAGGGGCUUUUUCUCAAAGCAUCAAUAUUAGAUUCUUACUUUUCUUGCUUAUGCCACGUUUGCUAAAAAAGUUUGGUUUUAAAGUCUUUAAUCCUACAAUCAUGAAUUUUUUCAAAAGUGUAACUCUGAAUAUUAUACAAGAAAGGAAGAGGACUGGACAGACUAGGAAUGAUUUCCUGCAGUUGCUUGUUGAUUCAGCAACCCAAGUAGCAAAGGAGGAAAAGUGGGACGAGGCAGACGACCUUGCUGCCAACUAUGUAGACGAAUCAAAAGACCAUGCAAUAUUUAAGACUGUUACUACAAAACGUAUGUCUAUGGAUGAGCUUGUAGCUCAGUGUGUUAUCUUUUUUCUGGCUGGUUAUCACACCACAGCAACAACACUAGGACUCACAGCUUAUUUACUAGCUAUGAACCCAGACGUGCAAGAAAAAGUGUUCAAAGAAAUAUCAGAAGUCGUGAAGGAAACUAAUGGGGAAUUAAGAUACGAAUCUGUUCAAAAAAUGAAGUAUCUUGACAAUGUCGUAUCAGAAGUACUCAGAAUUUAUUCUCCUGGUGUUAGACUGGAAAGAACUGCAGACACCGAUUAUAAACUAGGUGAUACUGGAUUGACUAUUCCGAAGGGAAUGGUUGUCGGCAUCCCAGUCUAUGCUAUGCAUAAAGAUCCUAAGUUUUUCCCAAAUCCUGAGAAAUUUGAUCCGGACAGAUUUAGUUUAGAAGAAAGAGAGAAGCAAGUUCCAUAUUCAUAUCUUCCCUUUGGUGCUGGGCCAAGGAACUGUGUUGGAAUGCGUUUCGCCCUUUUGGAAUUGAAAGUGUGCCUAAUCUACACAUUCAGUGCCUUCCAAGCUCAAAGAUGUUCCAAAACACAGGUACCUAUACAAUUUAGGAACGCAGGUGGACUUUUGUCACCAAAACCAAUUGAAUUAAUCAUGGAACCUCGUACCAAUUGCCCUCUGAAAUCUUAAGAUUCAACAAUGCAAGUCAUGGUUUUAAUUGCGCGACCUUCACACGAAAUUCUGCUCAUUUAUAUCAUUUAUUGAAAUAAUAUGGUUAUUAAUAAAAUAAAUAUAUUUUUGUUGUA